AUUGGUCAUUGGCAAUGAUUUGUGUGUCAGAGACACCCUGCCUUUGGAGGCUAUACCCUUGCUGCUGACCGAGGCGGGUCGGUUCAAUGAAUAUUUUACUGGAGGAACUGACUGAGUUAUUGGUUCCAAAGUUCAAAGGAGCAUUUUCCAGACCUUAGACAGGCCCUCCUGGGAGAGUGGGAAGCGACAAGGGCACACACAUUUUUUAAGAGUGCAUUUCUUUCAUUUUACGUCUGCUGGACAGAAAUGCCAAUAGCAUUUUGACAGGCAUAGCACAGCAAGACCAGCUUGAUGGAGUCGCGUAAGACAAGUGUCACUACGGCCACCAGUCCAACUUCAACAGGAGCCGGGGUCUUUGCCAAGCGGGUACAGCGUCAGUUCAGCAGAGCCCAAGAGAGGGUCUUACAGAAGCUUGGGAAAAGUGAGGAAACUAAGGAUGAGGAAUUUGAAUAUUAUGUGCAGGAUCUAAGCGACCAGCAGAGUGAUGGAAGCAGGAUUUACAAAGACCUAAAAGCCUACCUUAAUGCCGUGAAAGUCAUGAGAGAGGCCUCCAAACGGCUGUCCCAUUCUCUCUUUGAUUCCUACGAAAGUGAGUGGAAUGGAUUGGAUGAUCUGGGCGCCAUCGUGGAGGGAGAAGAUCUUUUAUGGAAUGACUAUGAGGCCAAAAUCUUGGACCAAAGCAUGCGCACCAUGGAGUCCUACAUGAGCCAGUUUCCAGAUGUCAAAGAGAGGGUAGCCAAACGCAACAGGAAGCUGGUGGACUACGAUUCGUCACGCCACCACCUAGAGGUGGUGCAAAACGCCAAGAAGCCAGACGAGGUGAAAAUAGACAAGGCUGAGGAAGAGAUGCAGGCCGCAAAGGCUGUUUAUGAAGACAUCAACAAAGAGCUCAAAGAGGAACUGCCUGUCCUUUUCGGGAGCCGUAUUGGAUGCUAUGUGACAGUGUUCCAAGCCAUUGCCAACCUGAGGGACACCUUGUACAAAGAGCUGACCACGAUAAAUCGAGACUUCCAGGAUGUCCUCAGUGAUUUGAAAGCUCAGCAUCCAGACAAAGUAUUUGCUAUCAACACUCUUCAGCGCUCUGCAUCCCUGAAGAGGAGGUCCCUGAUCUCCCCUAGGUCCUGGAGGGCAAGCUUCAAUGAGCUCCACGCAAACAUGAGCCCAAGAGGCUCCCUAAGGAGGAAACCUACCAGCCCUCUGCGGGGUGUGGAGAGGCCCUCGCUGGAAGGAUACAGCCCAGAUCCCCGACCGCCUCCCACCCCAGACCCAUCCAGAUCCUCCCUAGCUGAGGUCAACGACGAGACCAGCUCGAUCUCCUCAGACCAUCCGCCGGCCGAGGGGCUAAACGGGGCCAGCGGUGCCAGCGAGGAGGUGGAGAAGGUGGAGAAAGAGGAGGAGGUGAAGCCACCUGAGGAGGACAAAGGAGGAGAACCGGAAACGGAGCCAGAGCCGGAGCCGGAGCCAGAGCCCGAGCCUGCAUCAGAGGCAGCAAGUGCUGGGGAUCCAGGUAAAGAGGAUGGAGCUGGAGGAGGAGGAAUUCCAGAGCCAGCGGACAGCACUCCAUCUCAACCAAAGGUGGAAGAGGAAGCAGUGACGGCCAGCCACACUGACACCAGCAAGACUCCCGACAGCAGCCAAGUGGCACUAGAGAACGGAGAGACGUCUGACAGUCCACAUGCGGAGGCCAAUGGGUCAGCCUCACACGGCAAAGGGGUGGCAGCUGAGGCAUCUGGCCCUGACAGAGAGACGGUGAUGUGAAACACAAUACCGCAUGCAGAGAAUGGACAUUCCAUGGAAGGAGGUCAGAGGAGAUAGAACAUUCCACCAAGACAUGGGAUGGCUGGCAUGCAACUCAGAAGAAGACAAACACAGCCAUAUCUUUAAUCUAACAGAUCAUUUGAAUCAUUUGGGAACAGUUUAUGUCCCAGAAUCAGAUAGGCCUAUUUUAUAAUAUUGUGGGAUUGCUGACAAAUUUCAAA